AAAGCAGCCAGACCGUGUCCCCGGCCAGCCAGAGCCAGGGAGCCCUGCCUCGCCGGCGAACGUGCGUCUAGCAACCCCGCCGUCUCCUUCUCCCACCCAGGCCAUGGCCAUGGCAUAUCUGAACGCCGGCGCGCGGCCAUACCACCGCCGCCCCUCCUACCGCCCCCACCCCUCUCCGCUCCGGCCCCCUCCUCCUCCUCCCGCCGUGCCGGCGUACUACUACGGCAACGCCGGCUGCCCGCCGCCUCUCCACCUCGCCCCCAGCUACUCCCGCGCCACCUUCCCCGAGCACCACCACCCCCUUAACCUUCCGCCGCCGCCGCAGCAGCAGUUCUUCCGCAACCACGCACCCUCGCCGCCUCGCCACGGCCCGCACGGGCUCGCGUUCCCGAACAACAGGGGCGGCCUCGUCUGCGAGAAGCUGUACGCGCAGGCGAUGUACCGGUACAACAACAAGGCGGGAGCGGCCAGGAGAGAGGUGGCGUGCGGCCCGCGCGCGUGGACCAGGGGCAGGGGCGGCAGCGCGCACGCGCGCGGCGCCGGGCGGGCGGCCAGGUCGCCCUCGCCGGCGUUCACGACGAGGCCGGGCACGUGGAUCCCCCCGCCGCCGUGGUUCGGCCGCACCACCGUCAUGAUCCGCAACAUCCCCGCCAAGCUCACGCGCGCCGCGGUGAUGGCGCUGCUCGACGACCACUGCGCCCGCGAGAACAGGCGGCGGCGCGGCCGGGCCGCCGCGUACGACUUCCUCUACCUGCCCAUGGAUUUCAGCAGUGAGCCGAGCAGCAACCGAGGGUACGCCUUCGUCAACUUCACGACGGCCGACGCGGCGCGCGGGUUCCACUACGCCCUGCACGGCUGCGGAUGGAAGCCCUGGGUCGCCGGCCGCAGCCACAAGUCCGUCAACAUCGCCGCCGCGCACAUCCAGGGCAAGAGAGCGAUCGUGAGACGCUUCAACCGCUCCAAAUUCGUGUGCGAAACUGACGAGUUCCUCCCCGCAGUCUUCCGGCCGCCGCGCAACGGCGCCAACAACGCCCAGCCCAGGAACCUCGGCCGCCGUCUCCCUCCGCUCGUCUCCUCCGUUCAGCCGCCGCCACCGGUGGAGCCGGCCCAGCAGCAGCAGCAGCAGCUGGCGUGGAUGCCCGUGCGCGUCCAGGCUAGCUAGGAGCUGUGUAGCUCCUGCCUCUAUCCAGCGCGCCAUGGUCGUGAUCCAAGUCAAACGAUGCAAAGUUUCCUGCGUGAGCUCCCGCGCCCGUUUGUUGCUAUGUUCGUUCGGGGUAACCUGGCACGGUUAAUCAGGAGUCUGGCCAUGCCUUCCCUUUCUCAUUUGAUGUGGUGCUACGGCAUGCAGGCUGCUCGACUUUUAGACAAUAGCGUAGCACCAGUAUCUUCUACCAGUAUUCUACCGCUGCAUCUUGUUUUAUUUCUGCGAAAUUCUACUGCUGCAUCUUAUCUCUACCUCAUGUCUGUCUUAUGUUAUUUCCACUGAAUAAAUGGUGUGACUAAUUUACAGCCAGGCCAUAUACAAA